AUGAAGUAAGUGAAUAAAAUUAACUUAUUAACGUAAAUUUUAGGCUUAACAUAAAUGGGCUCAACGUAUAUUUUCCAUAUGAACAUAUCUAUCCGGAACAGAUAUUGUACAUGGGGGAAAUCAAGAAAUCUCUGGAUGCGAAGGUAUUUUAUCAACUUUUAUAAGUUUAGUUUGAUUUUUAGGGCCACUGUUUGUUGGAGAUGCCUUCUGGAACUGGAAAAACAGUAUCUUUGUUAUCUGUUGUCUUGGCAUACAUGACACAGUAUCCAGACAAGUUGGACAAGUUGAUCUACUGUUCUAGAACUAUUCCAGAGAUUGAGAAAUGUGUCGAGGAGUUGAGGAAUUUGUUCAGAUAUUAUAAAACAGUUAAAGGGGUAAGUUGAAGGUUUAAAUUGAUGAAUUAUAAACUUAACUAUGUUACGCAGCUGAUGGAUAAUAUUAAUUUUGUUAUAACUCGUGUUUUUUUUGUAUUGAAAGUUACUUUAAUGGUUGGAAAAGUUUUUAGAGUACUUUUUAUUUUUUGUAAUUUAUUUUGUUUUUAGAAAGUCCCAGAUUUCUUGUGUUUAGCCUUAUCAGCAAGAAAGAACUUGUGUAUAAAGGAGCCCGUUGCCUCUUUGAGGAAUGGAUCAGCUGUCGAUGGAGCUUGUCAAAAUCUUACAGCUUCUUUUAUGAGAGCAAAAGCUAAAGUUGAUCCAAACGCGCCGUCUUGUGAAUUUUUUGAGACAUUCAACGAGAACCGAGAGUUGACUUUGCCUAAUGGUGUAUAUAAUUUGGUAAGAUCUUAUUUUAUAGUUUUUGUUUUUGUUUUUAGGUAACACUUUAUAAAUUAUUUGAAGCUUUAGAUUUGAUUAGUAUACUGGGUUUAACUACGUUUUCUCGGUCAAAUUUUAGUUUACGUUUUUAUAGCUAAAUUUUUCUGGUUUUAGGCAGAUCUCCGCGACUACGGCCGUGAAAAAUGUUUAUGUCCUUAUUUUGUGGCCAGAAAAGCAGUCGCUCAAGCUCAGAUCGUCAUUUACUCUUACCAUUAUGUUCUUGAUCCAAAAAUCGCUGAACUGAUUUCCCGAGAUUUGAGUCCGAAAAGUUGUGUCGUAUUCGACGAAGCCCACAAUAUUGACAACGUUUGUAUCGAGAGUAUGAGUGUGACAUUGAGUAAGAAACUGAUGGACCGAUGUGCCAAGAAUUUGGAUGAAUUAGAAACGCAUGUCAACAAGAUCAAGUAAGUUUAAUAUCUUAUUUUGUGUUUACUGUUUAGGAGAGAGAACAAACAGCGAUUGGAUGAAGAAUAUGAAGCAUUGGUGAAGAACUUGAAAAGAGUUCACGAAGAACGUAGUAUGGAGAAUGCUUGGGCAAAUCCAGUGCUGCCUGAUGCUAUUUUGGACGAGGCUAUUCCAGGAAGCAUUCGGACAGCCGACUACUUUUUGGUAUUCUUGAGGAGAUUGAUGGAAUAUUUGAGGUGAGGCUUGUUUUCGGAUGUUUCAAAUGGAACAACUUGUUAUGACUUAUUACUGAAGCUUUCGAAAAGUUUGUUAAGGAACAUUUUAUUGUUGUUAACAUCAGGGACGUCGCUACGGUUUUUCUCUGGGGGGGGGGAGGUCGAAAAAAAUUUUUUUUGGUCCACAGGUAGCUACCUCUGGACCGAUUUUUCAAAAAAUUUUUUUUUGUUUUUCCGCGUACAGGUACUUACCUGUGGAAUUUUUUUCGGAUCGGCUCUUAACAUCGUUUUUUGCGUUUAAAAUCUUGAUUUACAUCAAUUUCAGACACCGAAUGAACGCCAGAGCAGUCCAACUCGAAAGUCCGGCUGCUUUCCUUCGUGACAUCAAGCAACGAGUCUUAAUCGACCGAAAACCUCUUCGAUUCUGUGCCGAACGCUUUGCUACACUUGUCAGAACGUUAGAAUUGGCAGAUGUUUCUGAACUCUCCGCUCUGGUCAAGAUGACAAGUUUCGCGACGUUAGUCUCAACGUACGCACGAGGAUUCUCGGUUAUCGUGGAGCCAGGGGAUUUAACCAAAAGCGAAGGUGGAGAUGACAAAAAGAAGAAUGAAAAGGGCAAAGAGACCAAGGCGCAAAUCAGACAAAGGAAGAACAACAGGACACAUUACGAUUGUUAUAUUCACCUGAACUGCAUGGAUGCGUCUGUGGCUAUUAAGCCGGUUUUGGAUCGGUUUCAAACGGUCAUUAUUACUUCUGGUGUAAGAUUUUUGACUUUUUCGUUCUAAAAGCAAUUUUUAUUUAAAAAACCUCAAUUUAAAAGAAAUUUGAAAUUAAUUUUUGAAAAAUAUUUUGAAAUUUGAAUUUUUUAAAAUAAUUUGCUUUUUCAGACCUUAUCACCCUUGGAAAUCUACCCAAAAAUUCUGGACUUUGAUCCAGUGGUUAUGGCUUCACUUACCAUGACAUUGGCUCGACCUUGUAUAUCCCCAUUGAUUGUAUCUCGAGGCAAUGAUCAAGUUGAAAUGACAUCUCGCUUUGAAAGCCGAUCUGAUCCUUCUGUAAUCCGAAACUACGGUAGCUUGAUUCUGGAAAUGGCUUCGAUUAUUCCUGAUGGAAUUGUUGUUUUCUUUACGUCAUAUACUUUCAUGGAGGAUAUUGUGGCUACGUGGUAUGAACAGGUGGGUUUUUGGGGCAUAGUAUAGCUUUAACAUACUAUAAUGAAGUAUUGGGUUGUUCAAAUAAUUCUGUGAUUUUUUCGGAUAAAAAAAUUUCUGGGGUUAAGGUCUCAGAAUUAUGUAAACACUCUAAUAUAUUGUACUUUAUCUUUUUUUCUAGAGAUUCAUCGACGUUCUGUUGAAGAAAAAGCUUCUAUUCAUCGAAACCCGUGAUGCUACGGAAACCUCGAUUGCUCUACAAAGAUACGUUAAUGCUUGUGAAACAGGUCGUGGAGCAAUUUUGUUUUGUGUGGCCAGAGGCAAAGUCAGCGAAGGAAUUGAUUUUGCACAUCACUUGGGGAGAGCCGUCAUCAUGGUCGGAAUACCAUAUCAAUACACGGAAAGCAGAGUGUUACGAGCACGAUUGGAGUAUUUGAGGGAUCAAUUCGAUAUCAAGUAAGGAGGGUUGGGGUCUUGUACUAUGGGCCUUCUAUGUUUAACUUAAAAUGAUGAAUAUGGCUAGCAGAAUUUUAAAAGACUUAUAUGGGUAAUAUAAUGAACUUUUGGUUUAUAAACUAGUGUUGGAUAAUUUUUACGUUUUUUAAUUACAGAGAGAAUGAUUUCCUGACUUUUGAUGCCAUGAGGCACGCUGCUCAAUGUGCUGGACGAGGCUUGAGAGGAAAGACCGAUUAUGGACUGAUGAUCUUUGCUGACAAGGUAAUUUAAAGUCAUUUUUAUUUUUUUUUAUUUUAAACGAAGCUUAACUAUGAGAUAUAUUAUAUAUUUAUAAGUUUAAACGUUUAGGUAUAAUAUAGCUUUUUGUCUACUUCUUCUUUAAAAGAUACUAAUAUCUAUAUUCAUACUAUACCGUUAAUAUAAAUUGCUUUACAGAGAUACGCCCGUCGCGACAAACGUGAAAAGCUGCCACGCUGGAUUCAAGAAAACAUCAAAGAAUCGGCGGUGAACAUCACGGUGGAAGAAGCUACAUCAGCAGCCAGAGCCUGGCUUCCGAAAAUGGCACAGCCUUUCACAAUGGAACAUCAGAAAGGAGUGUCAUUACUGACACAGGACAUGUUGAACGAAGAGGAUGGAGUUAUGGAAAAGUUCAAAUAUGUGAUUCACGAGAUUGAGUAG